GGUAACGGCGGGCCCGACGUGAGCCGCAAGGAUGGUGGCCGCCAAGAAGACGAAAAAGUCCUUAGAGUCCAUCAACUCUAGGCUUCAGCUGGUUAUGAAAAGUGGUAAAUAUGUACUAGGGUACAAACAGACUCUGAAAAUGAUCCGGCAGGGCAAAGCCAAGUUGGUCAUCCUUGCCAACAACUGUCCCGCUCUGAGAAAAUCAGAAAUUGAGUACUACGCUAUGUUGGCCAAAACUGGCGUGCACCACUACAGCGGCAACAACAUUGAAUUGGGUACAGCUUGUGGAAAGUACUACAGAGUAUGUACACUGGCCAUCAUUGACCCAGGUGAUUCUGACAUCAUUAGAAGCAUGCCAGAACAAACCAGUGAGAAGUAAAAUUGCAGAACUUUCAUUUUUUGUGUA